AUGGAAAGCCCAGCAGAUGAUGCUGAUAGACGUGUGUACGCAAUCUGUGCAUUCAGAAAUGAUUCUGAUCCUCAGGAGGUGAACAGAGUUACCGUGUACCGAACAUUCAGAGACAACACCGAGAAUAUAUCUACAUUAGGACAACAUACAUUGGACAAUAACAGCCUCUACGUAAAUGGUUACCAUGAAACAACCCCUUUACCGACGACAUUACCAACUGUGACCACAACACAACCUCCAAGUGUCGAAGGGAAGACCAUUGAAUUCAACGUGACCUUUGUUAUCACUAACUUGGAGCUUACAGAGGACCUACAAAAUUCCAGUUCUUCGCUGUACAAUUCUGUGUCAAAUAAUAUUUCCUAUCAGCUCACUGCCCUGUACAACAAGAGCAACAUUAAUGCAAGAUUUUCAGACUGUAAAGUUGUUUCCUUCAGCCCAGCAGAUGAUGCUAAUACUCGUGUGUACGCAAUCUGUACAUUCAGAAAUGAUUCUGAUCCUCAGGAGGUGAACAGAGUUACCGUGUACCGAACAUUCAGAGACAACACCGAGAAUAUAUCUACAUUAGGACAACAUACAUUGGACAAUAACAGCCUCUACGUAAAUGGUUACCAUGAAACAACUCCUUUACCGACGACAUUACCAACUGUGACCACAACACAACCUCCAAGUGUCGAAGGGAAGCCCAUUGAAUUCAACGUGACCUUUGUUAUCACUAACUUGGAGCUUACAGAGGACCUACAAAAUUCCAGUUCUUCGCUGUACAAUUCUGUGUCAAAUAAUAUUUCCUAUCAGCUCACUGCCCUGUACAACAAGAGCAACAUUAAUGCAAGAUUUUCAGACUGUAAAGUUGUUUCCUUCAGCCCAGCAGAUGAUGCUAAUACUCGUGUGUACGCAAUCUGUACAUUCAGAAAUGAUUCUGAUCCUCAGCAGGUGAACAGAGUUACCGUGUACCGAACAUUCCGAGACAACACUGAGAAUAUAUCUACAUUAGGACAAUAUAUGUUGGACAAUAACAGCCUCUAUGUAAAUGAUUAUCACGAAUUAAUCUUUUCAUCCACAAUAUCGCCAAUCAUGAGUACCACUCCAAACCCAGAAACGAAGACCCUUGAUUUUAAUGUGACCUUCAUUAUAACAAACUUGGCCCCGACAACAACUCUCCAAGACUCCACGACUGCACUGUAUAAAUCUGCAGCAAAUAUAAUUGCUUUCCAGCUGGAUUCAUUAUUUAAUAACAGCAACAUCAACACAACAUUCUCAAGCUGCAGAGUUAUAUCUUUGAGUCUAGCAAAUAUCGAUGACAUCGGUGUGUAUGCAAUCUGCACAUUUAGAAAUAAUUCCGCUGCUCAAGAGGUUAAUAAAGUUACUGUGUAUCACGAGUUCAGAGACAACACAGACAGCAUUUCAACCUUAGGAAGCUAUUUACUGGACAAUAACAGCCUCUAUGUAAAUGCGGUAUCACCAGUUGUGAGCACAACUCCAAACCUGCAAACAGAACCUUUUGAUUUCAAUGUGACCUUCAUUAUUACUAACCUAAUCCUGACUGAAACUCUACAAUCUCCCAACUCUGCGCUGUACAAAUCUGCUGCAAACAUAAUUACUCAUCAGAUGAACAACCUCUUUAGUAACAGCAAGAUCAACAGAACAUUCUCAAGCUGUAGAGUUCGUUCUUUCAGCCUGGCAAAUAUUGAGGACACCAGUGUGGAUGCAGUCUGCACUUUCAGAAAUGACUCUAAUCCUCAGAAAGUUAAUAAAGUCACUGUAUAUCAUACGUUCAGAGACAACACAAAGAGCAUCUCCACCCUAGGAGCAUAUUUGCUGGACAGUAACAGUCUCUACGUGAAUGGUUACCACGAAUUUGUUCCUUCUUCCACCAUGUCACCAAUUAUGAGUACCAUUCCAAACCUGCAAACAGAGCCUUUUGAUUUCAAUGUGACUUUCGUUAUUACUAACCUGGCCCUGACUGCAACUCUACAGUCUCCCAGUUCCGCAUUGUAUAAAUCUGCAGCAAAUAUUAUUGCUUAUCAGAUGAACAACCUGUUUACUAACAGCAAGAUCAAUAGAACAUUCUCAAGCUGUAGAGUUCGCUCUUUCAGUCUGGCAAAUAUUGAGGACACCAGUGUGGAUGCAGUCUGUACUUUCAGAAAUGACUCUAAUCCUCAGGAAGUUAAUAAAGUCACUGUGUACCAUACAUUCAGAGACAACACGAAGAGCAUCUCCACCUUAGGAGCAUAUUUACUGGACAGUAACAGUCUCUACGUAAAUGAUUAUCAUGAAUCUGUUCCUUCGUCCACGGUAUUGCCAAUUGUGAGCACAACUCCAAACCUUCAGCCUUUUGAUUUCAAUGUGACCUUCAUUGUUACUAAUUUGGCCCUGACUGCAACUCUACAAUCAUCCAGUUCUGCACUGUACAAAUCUGCAGCAAAUAUUAUUGCUUUUCAGAUGAACAACCUCUUUAGUAACAGCAAGAUCAACAGAACAUUCUUAAGCUGCAAAGUUCGCUCUUUCAGCCUCGCAAAUAUUGAGGAUACCAGUGUAGAUGCAGUCUGUAUUUUCGGAAAUAAAUCUGAUCCUCAGAAAGUUAAUAAAGUCACUGUAUACCGUACAUUCAGAGACAACACAAAGAGCAUCUCCACCUUAGGAGCAUAUUCACUGGAUGCUAACAGUCUCUACAUAAAUGAUUACCAUGAAUCUGUUCCAUCUUCCAUAUCACCAACUGCAAGCACAACACCAGACAUGCAAACAAAACCUUUCGAUUUCAAUGUGACCUUCAUUGUUAUUAACCUGGCCCUGACUGCAACUCUACAAUCAUCCAGUUCUGCACUUUACAAAUCUGCAGCAAAUAUUAUUACUUAUCAGAUGACCAAGCUAUUUACCAACAGCAAGAUCAACAGAACAUUUUUAAGCUGUGAAGUUCACUCUUUCAGCCUGGCAAAUAUUGAGGACACCAGUGUAGAUGCUGUCUGUUCUUUCAGAAAUGACUCCAAUCCUCAGCAAGUUAAUAAAGUUACUGUGUACCAUACAUUCAGAGACAACACAAAGGACAUUUCCACCUUAGGAGCAUAUUCACUGGACCACACCAGCCUCUAUGUCAAUGAUUACCAUGAAUCUGUUCCUUCCUCCACUGUAUCUCCAACAAUGAGUGCAACUCCAAACCUGCAAACAAAGCCUUUCGAUUUCAAUGUGACCUUCAUUAUUACUAACCUGGCCCUGACUGCAAAUCUACAAUCUUCCACUUCUGCACUGUACAAUUCUGCAGCAAAUAUUAUUGCUUACCAGCUAAAUAACCUGUUUACAAACAGCAAGAUAAACAGAACAUUCUCCAGCUGUAGAGUUCGUUCUUUCAGCCGGGCAAAUAUUAAGGACACCAGUGUAGAUAUAGUCUGCAGUUUCAGGAAUGACUCUGAUCCACUGGAAGUUAAUAAAGUCACUAUAUACCACACAUUCAGAGACAAGACAAAGGGUAUUUCUACCUUAGGAGCAUAUUCACUGGACCACACCAGCCUCUAUGUCAACGAUUACCACGAAUCUAUUCCUUCCUCCACAAUAUCACCAACUGUAAGCACAACACCAAACCUGCAAACAAAGUCUUUCGAUUUCAAUGUGACCUUCAUUAUUACUAACCUGGUCCUGACUGCAAAUCUCCAAUCUUCUACCUCUCCACUAUACAAAUCUGCAGCAAGUAUUAUUGCUUAUCAGCUAAAUAACCUGUUUACAAACAGCAAGAUUGACAGAACAUUCUCCAGCUGUAGAGUUCGUUCUUUCAGCCUGGCAAAUAUUGAGGACACCAGUGUAGAUGCAGUCUGUUCUUUCAGAAAUGACUCUAAUCCUCUGGAAGUUAAUAAAGUCACUGUGUACCAUACGUUGAGAGAUAACACAAAGAGCAUCUCCACCUUAGGAGCAUAUUCACUGGACCACACCAGCCUCUAUGUCAAUGACUACCACGAAUCUGUUCCUUCCUCUACUGAAAAGCCGGUUGUGAUAGUGACGCAAUCUCCAAAUAAAGGGACAAGAUCCAUUGAUUUUAAUGUCACUUUCACGAUUAGUAAUCUGACAUUCAUUCCAGAUUUACAAAACCUGAAUUCGUCUCCGUAUAAAGCUACAUCAAGCCAUGUUAUUAAUUCGCUCAGGAGUCUCUACAGAAACAGCGAGAUAAAUAAAGAAUUCUUACAUUGUAAACUUGCAAGUUUCAGGCCUGGAAAUGAAGGCAACACUACGGUUGAAGCAAUCUGUUCUUUUAAAAAUAAUCCCAAUGUGAAUGAAGUUGAUAGAGUCACUGUUUAUAAUGAGUUCAGAGACAACACUGAGAAAAUCACUGCAUUGGGAAUAUAUGCACUGAUCGAAGACAGCCUAUAUGUAGAUGGUUAUCAAGAAUUGAAACCAACUGUAACACCAACUAUAACGUUACCUGCAAUCCGGGAAGGAGACUUGCCAUUUGAGCUUAACUUCACAAUAAUAAACAGAAAUUUUACUGAAGCACUUAAUGACACAAAUUCCCCUGAAUACCAAAGCAUUACAGCCAAUAUUACCAGGAUGCUUUCAGGAUUGUUUAAGAAGAGCUCUUUAAAGAAGAGUUACCGUACCUCUAAAGUUAUAGGGUUGAGACGUGGAUCAGUUAAAUGCACCUGCUUGAGCUACUUCAACCCUGACGAUGCAAAUGAACUAGUAACAGCAGAAAAAGUCAGAAAAGAAUUUGCUACUGGAACAAAUGCAACAAACUUACUUGGAAAUGUCUAUCAGCUAAAACCUAACAGUUUGACAGUGGAAGCUAAAGCACCAAUUUCUGACAGCAAAGUAGAAAUUCCAUACUGGGGAAUCAUACUCAUCGUUCUAGGCAUACUCCUCAUUCUAUUCCUGUUCAUCCUUGGAGCUUUACUGAUUGCACUGUGCUUGAAAAAGAAGCACCAAGGAUUCUACAACAUGAUGCAAAACCCUGCAGGCUUUUACUUUCCACAUCAAAAAUUCUACUGACAGAAAACAUUAACAAUAAAAAAAAUUAGUGAUAAACAGCAAACAUGCAAAUUAGUGAUUAAAGUAGAAAUAACGUAUUACAAUUAUGUAGCUA